UGAGGAUUGUUACGGCUACAGGCACUGCAGAGUCACGGAGGGAACGUUUUGGGCUCUGAGCUUUAGAAUUUACCUGUUUUUAGGAACAUUUUUCUCAGUUUACUUUAGGGAACGACUGAUGGAAAGGACAUCUUGCUAGGGGGUUAUCUCCUGCGGCAAGAUGUCCAUAUUUAUGAGCCCGUGGACUUCACACUGCAAACAAUUGAGCUGAUUUACAAGGACAACAGUGCUCAGCCUCCCUGGUCCCAUGGCGUUCUUCAGACAGCUGAAACUUCUUCUCUGGAAGAAUGGACUGGGCAUCAUCAGACAGCCGCUGUGGUCCAUUACUCUGAUUGCCUGGCCUUUGAUCAUCUUCAUCCUCAUCGCUGUGACUCGGGACCAUUUCCCUCCGAUUGUAAAAAACACAUGUUAUGUUGGACCAAGAAACCUACCAAGCACUGGCUUUUUCCCUUUCCUGCAGACCCUUCUUUGCAACACAGACAGCCAAUGCCACAACACAUCCCGCCUGGUGGACACAUCUUCAUCAAAGUCAACAAGAGGUCGAAGGUCUGCUCCUUUGCCAGAUACAUCUCCAUUGGCAAGUUUGAUGCAAGGGAAGGAGUUUUUCAGCCAGGCUUUCCCCAGUGACACUCAAAAUGGCCCUGCUAAGUUGGUUAAGUUCAUGGAAAGCUUUAUUGGUUCAUCUAACAGAGCCAACUAUACAAAUGUUCCUUUCGUGGUUCCCCUCAACACCUCUCUGCCCGAUCAGGAAACCAUGAACGCAAUUAUGGAGUCAGUGAACAUUUUUAAGAAAACCAUCUGCACUGUUACACUUCCUUGGAUGGACCAAACCUCACCCAACACAGUCACCCAUGCUAUGGUAACUUUCUGCAACUCCAACAACACUGUGUUAGAAGCCUCACUUCAAACACUGAACAAGGUACUAACAGAGCUAAUGGUGACCAAUCCGGAUGAGAUACUAUUGCUGGCAGGAGGGACAGUGAUGUUAUUUGAUCAGCUGCAAAAUGAGACAUCAAUUUGGGAAACCCUCUUAGCCAUUCCCGAGCUCUUCUCUGCCAAUUCUCUUGAAGACAUGCUGAACAACACACAAACCUCACUCACAAACAUGAAGAGCAUUUUGCGUUUCAUCCAGAUGACCUUCCCUGACUCUGCUGACUUCAUCAGCAAGGUCUAUCCAGUGCUUGAAGGAAGCUUUGACAUCAUCCAGUAUGUCCAGAACUGGCCCGGACAAGAUGUUUCGAUAACCCUUGGAGACAUUGUCACAUUAAGGAGUGACUCAGUCAGUGACAUUGUGAAACGAAUCCUACAGGAGGUUCACAUACCACUGCACCAGGCUGUAGGGCUGAUGUGGGACAAAGACAUGGUGCGCUCUCACUUGUGCUGCAACAGCAGCAACACGAUGUGGUUAACAGCAGCAUGCAGCACAGGCACCGUGGAUAUGCUCCUGAGUUGGAUUUGUCCUGACAAAGUGGCAAAAGAGGUUUUCCUGGCAUGGACUAAGCAUGUGGCGGCAGAUGAUGUGUCCUUUGUGAGACAACUGGUGCAAAGUCUCAUGGGAGGUUCAUCGUCAAGCAACCAGGAAGUCUCCAGGUCAAAGCGCAGCAUAGAUGCAGAACCACAAAGUGACGAGGCAGAGCUGUUUAUGGGAGUCACUCAAGUCCUGCUGGAGAUCGCAAAAAUUGAUCCUGAUUUGGACAAUGUUGUUCAGAGAGCUCUUAAAACCAGCUUCCAGUCCAUGAAGGCAGCAAGGGUGACUUUGGUCACUGUAGAAAAAGUGAUGAGUAAUGUCCUGGAAGACGCACAAAGUCUCCAAAUGACCUACCGCAUGCUGCAGAAGAACCAGUCUGAGGCUACAGCUUGGUUUAGCCGGGUAAUAGACAGUGUGGUGAAAGUCACUGAGGAGGCGGUGGAGUGUGAGGAGUGUGAGGAACUUUUUGAGCCCUUCGAGUGGCUGCUGUCCUCCAAGACUGUAAAGGUAGAAGUGUGGAAAUCUAUGUUYUGCCAAAACAUCACUGCAGUGAAGCAUGCUUUGCUCAUGGACUGGAAUCCUGUAGUGCAAAAGGCAGAAGAAGUGUACUGCAUCCUUACAGGCCGAGCUGACUUUAACCUGACACUUCCCAUGAUGCUCUCUGAGUGGAACAAUUUGUUCAAUGCCAGCAUGCAAUUUGGAGAAUUUUUGCAGAGAUCCGUAACCCAUCUGGAUCAAGACUACUGGUUGAACUGGAUCCCUUGCCACCACACACAUGACUUCAAGAAGACUCUCCAACACAGUCUCAUCAUGUCAUUGGAAAACCUGGGAGAAAAGCUCGAGGAGAGUGAUUUGUGGCCCAGCAUGAAGGAUUACUUCCACAUCACUUACUGGAUUUUGAACUACAGACCUGGUGUUGAAAAAGACCCACCAAACUGCUGUGUCAAUGCCCACUCAAUGGCCCUUCAUUGUGACACUGGUCUGGAGUGGUCGAAGUUUGUCAAAGCAGCAACGGAUGCUGUGAUGUCACCAAAUGAAGAUGUCCUUCUGAAUGCUUUAAGAGGAACAGUGAGUCUGCUGCAGCACGUAUACGGGGAAGUCUACAAAAACCUGACAGCCACGUAUUUAAAACAGAAGAUUGAAGAGGGCGAUGCUCUCUCUGCCCAUCUCCUUAAGUUGGUUCUGGACCUGGAUAGCUUUGUCCAAACAAUCAUUGCUCUGCCUAACCACAAUAUCUCAGACCCCGCCGUCAUAGGUCCGCUCAUCAGUGAUUUGCUAGAAUCCGCAGGUCUUAAACCACUCCUGCCUCUGCUCUUCAGAAGUACUCCAGUUAAUGCCUCCACAGUGCUUGAUGCAGUCUUGCAGAUAAUCAGGCUCAACCCCCAGAUAUUCACCUCUGGAGAAAGUGACUUAGCAAUGAAAGGACUGGAGCAGUUAAUCAUGGAGUUCCUGACUUUGGAGAGUAACCUGACACUUUCUUUCUCUGACAUCUUGAGACAUAGUCUGCUAACUUAUUCAGCUUCCAUCAAGCCUGAAGAUGCUGCCUUCCUCAAAGAGGCACUCUACGGUUUCACCAACCAGUCCUUUGAUGAGGUCAUCCUUGGUGCCGUGAAGCUUCUGCAAACACUAGCUAAUUCUCCAGAUGGUGACCCAACCAACAUAAUUCUUGGAUACCUAGACCAGCUUCAAGAGAUUGUAGCUUCUCUCUUCAGACAGCAAAAAAUAGAGCAUCUUCUGUCAACCAAUGGCCAACUAACUGCAGCUGAAGUCACUGACCUACAGGCAGCCGUCAUGGACCUUCUUGACUUACUCAACCCUGACAACCCCCAGGGUCUCACUCAGGUUGGACCAGACGUUGCCCAGGACCUUAUCAUUCAGAAGUUGGUGGCAUUCCUGCCGCCCGAUGUUCAGGAAAAUGCUACUUACUUUCUGCAGAAGUUUAAAGCUCUGCAGAAUUUGGUCCCCAAAUGUGAAGAAGGCAAGAACUGCUUGGAAGGAGUUUCAGAAAUCUUUACUUUACUUGAUAAUGUAAUAGAAUUCAUGCUUGCAGUGGGUGGAGAUACAUCUGUCACAAUAACAGUGGCCAGCAAGGUCCCCUGGAGCCAGGAGCUGGAAGAAUUUAGCACAAUAGUGUUCUCGCUCAUACCGUCACCAAAUGAUGCAGAGCGUUUAGAAACAUUCAAGCAGACCCUUUAUUUCAUGAAAUUAGUCACAGAGAUGCAAAACAUCACAACAUCUAGUCUCGAGAACAUUCUGGAGCAGUCAAACCUAACUGGGUUUGAUCUUCAUGAAAUUGCAACACUUGCUGGAGCUUCCAACCUGAACGAUCUGGUGGAAAAAAUGGUGAACAUUUUCACCGACAUGAACAAAACGUGUUCUGGACAAGAGAGGAACCCGACAAUGACAUCGGACUGUCUUCUUGGAUUGAUAAAUGACAUUAGCAGCUUUCUGGCAAACACACCAGCAAUCCAAAACGAAACAACCCUCCUGUCUGUCAUCUCAGAUGUUGUCACGGAAACUCUUAGAGAUUUCAACCAAGUGGACUUCAGCUCCGAUCCUAACACUGCUGUUGUGCAAACCUUGGAAACCAUCUUGACCAAUAUCAAGAGGAUACUUGAACUGAACCAACAGAACAGUUCAGAUAUCAAUAUGGAAAUCACAAUGGUGGAGCAAUUAAUACAGCUGGUCACUGACAUGGAGCCAUUUAACCGCUUCAAUACUACCUCAAUGGAGGACCCACUUCGUACACAGAAAGUCUUCCUGGAGCUUGUGGAUUGGUAUUUGACGAAGCUGGAAACGAUCACCAGAAACAGUUCAAUCUCAAGGUUCCUACGUGACUUUUUCCACAUCACGAGGAUUCAAGUGGCAGCCCAGCUGUCUCAGACUGAGUUCACCCUGUAUGUCAGUGAGAAGAUUGAGCUCCUGGUGGAAAGCCUUCAGUACCCAUUGGAUGGCGCAGACCUGAGAGUCAUUGGACAAACAACGAUUGAGAUCAUUCGCCACCUGUUGAACUACACAAACACYGUCAUGGAGCUUCAGGAUAACAUUCCAGGCGUGAAACAGCUGCACUCUAUUCAGCUUCAAAUCAGACUCUACCUUGACCUCAUUGAGAGAUGGAUACAACAGCCAAAUGUCCCUUUCCUCCUUUCUAGCAUGCUCCAGUGGGGAAACUCUUCAACGGCAUUUUCCACCCCUGUUAGAGACCUAAAUCUUCUGCUACAGACAGUAGCUCCUCUGAUAGACGAAGAUGUGGCAGCAUUCCUCUUGACAAUAACCAACAUCACAGAGGCUUUCAACAAUGCCUUAAGAAUGGCAGAGCAACCAGGUGAAUUUCAGAGCGAUGACUUUAUAGCUACGAUCCUAACUGGCGUCCACAGAGCCCUGCAGAUCCCUAGUCCAGUCAUGGGGUCCCCUUCACCUGCUGUGCAGCAGGAGAUCCUGGGAAUUGUGGAAGGUUCUCUAACUCUUAUCAUUAACCAGGGCAUGAGUUUUGCCUCGUCACAGAACACCUCCCUACUGAUCCUGGAGAGAACUCAGAAAGUUAUCCAACUAACAGUACUGAAAGACUUUGCGGAAUAUCUGCUGCCAAUGGUCAAACUGCUCACUACAUACUUUGAGAGUGCAUCUACAUCCAGCGGGCCAGAUCAGUGGAAUCAAAUAAUUUUGAAUGAGAUGAAGGCCAUCGAGAGCUUCCUGCCUCCAAACUCCACAGCUCAAUACUCCAUCUCUGUCCUCAUUAAGAUAACAAACUUCAUCUUGAACCCUGGCCAAGGCAACAUGAGUCUCUGGGAGAGUUUUGAGGGAACGUCAAUGACAACUUUACCAGAUCUUAUUAGCAAGCUGACCAAACUUGUGGGAAUGUUCCUGCAACUUGUAGUAGAAGGCCCACCUUCAACAUCUUUGGACAAUUUCAACAAUUUCAGCCUUAUUGUUCCUACUUUGGAGCAGGUGAUGACUGGGAAUGCAAAUCAAGACACAUGGGACAACCUCGAACAGAUGCUGGAAGGCCUGCUGUCAACUUUAGAAGAAGAAGACCUAUGGAGCAACAUCUCAUCUGUCAUGCCUGUUUUUGAAAAACUGACUGAAGCUGUGGUGAAGAACAUGCAAGCAGAGAAUGUAAUGCUACAAAGCCUUCAGAUGCCCCUGGUGGCCCUGAUGAGAGACAUUGGGCUGGCUGUGAACAGUAGUCAUCUCAACAUGUCUGAGCUCACAGAAGGAAUGCAGCUUGCCAUACAAGGAACUCUUCAAGCAGCCCAGCAGGCAAGUGGCACACUGAACUGCAGCGACGCCCUUAAAGCCUGGGAGCCUGUUGCAGAGGCAGCAGGGGCAAACCUUUCCACAUUUGCUGUCUGGUGCAGCACCGGCCUGCAGCCUGUUUUGGAUGCCUACGCAGCAGCAAUCACAGACUUGUCCCACCUGAACAUGAGCCAAAUGGGCAUGGAACCAAUAAGUGUGAGCUUGGCAGCUGGCAGGAUUGUCAAAACAUUACAGUCUCUCUAUCACGUCAGCAUUAACCGCACAGAUGUGAUACAACAGUUCAUCAAGACUCUCUCCAGCCAGCUCCUGCAGCUGACAGGCAUGCAUUUGAGCUACGAGGGACACAUAUCCUGGUACUGGCUGCUCCAGGACAUGCAGUUGCAAAGCAGUUUGGUUUCCAUCAGACAGCUUUCAGAUGAAUUGCUUGAUGUGGCUCCUUUCCUUCAGCCCUACAUUGAAGCUGCGUUCCAAGCGCUGAGCUACAUUCUGGACAACUACCAUCUCACUGAAAGCAGCAGCUCAUCCCAGGAGCUCAUUGAAGAGGCAGCAGUGAUCUUCCUAACCUCUGCCAACAUCACUUUGAAUGACAUCUUCCCCAUGGUGUCAGGAAAUGCUUCUGAAGUUAAUUUGGCCUUUUUCGCUGACACAAUGGAAAGGAUAAUUAAACUGAUUGUCGAUACAAGGGCUUUUGGACAUUCGCCUGUGGUGUACCAGGCCAUGGAGAACUUCCUGGCAACAAACGGCACUUACCUGACGGUGGAGCGCGUGUACGAGAUGUCCGUGUGGCUGGCCUCAACCGAAACAUUUGGACUGGAAAUGCUGAGUCAGGCUCUUUCCAAGAUGUAUGAAAUCGUCAGACUCCCACUGUCUAUUCUGACCAGAGUGAGUGUGGACGUGGAUACUGCAGUGUACGAAGAGCUGGUUGGGAACAUGUUUGCAGCUUUUCACCAGUUUGUUAGCACUGGUGGUCUUCCAACCCCAAGUUCCAGCGUCUACCAUGAAGGGAGGAACAGGCAGAAACGCGACCUGUCACUGAUGAUGACAAGAGACCCUGUGACCGACAUCAUCGAUAUGUUUGAAAUCGACUACCCAGCCAUGUACAGAGCCGUCUCUGUCCCUCCGACCACAGCAGACAUCACAGAGACAGCCCAUGUGUUGUUUUCGAAUCCCGAUCUGAAUAUUGUGAUGAAGGGAGCAACAAGAGGCAUGCCGUGGAGCUUGAACGCUUCGCGAGAAGACACUAUUGACGCCACCCUUGGRAUGUUYGCCUUCUUUACUCAUCCUCAAGUCUUUGAGACGCCAUCAAUGGAUAUCCUGACAAAUGCUGCUGAGAUGCUUCCUGAUGGUUURCCAUUUGCCUCUGAGAUCAAAACCAUUAGCAGGGCACUGGCACGUGAAUCUCCAGAGAACCUGAGAGUCAUGCAGGAAGCCAUCCAGACAGCCAGCGAGCUCCUUCAGAUCAGCCCAACUGACCCGCGGUACACAGAUCAACUAAACCAACUGAGAUCUGAGGUGUGUGUUUUGGAGAACGCAGAUUCGGUGGCCCUGCUCUUGCAGUCACUUUCCAUGAAACCUGGGGAUCUCUGUCACAGCGUUCUGCCAAGCCUGCAGGUCUUGGUUGAAGCUGUCCAGAGCAACAAAACCUCCCUGUCAGAAAUCAUCUUCCAGGCUGUAGUCGGAGAUCCCAGAAGCUACAACCUCCAGUCAGACUGGACUGCUUUGUUGAGUGAAACGCUGGGCUUGAACAUCAGCAGUCUGAGCUCGGUCAAUAUUACUGCUCCAGGAGUGGUGACAGCUGGCGACAUGCUGAGGGAUAAGGACGCUUUCAUUCUGGCCGUCCAGGAACACAUGAAUGUAGAUCCUGCAGCUCUUCUUGCUCUGAUGGAAACUCCUCUACCUAACAACACAGAGAUCCUGACUUGGCUGGCAAGCCUGCAUUAUUGUCACCCCACUGAUCCAGUGAACACGACAGAGGCGGACAUUCUGGCAACUUUCUGCGCUAUGUCUGCUGAAGACUGGUACAAGUUCUCACUGCUGACGGCUGAACAUAUAAACACGGAGAAGGUCGUUUACAGAAUGGUGUUGUCCCAGGAACUCCAGGGUCUGGUUGAAGUCAUGGCCCAAGUGGCAAUGGUUGCAGCGGAUUUGAUGAACAAGAUUCUUCCCGCAGUCAGGCAAUUGGAAGGCUACCUGCUAUCCGUCAAAGAUCUUAACUUGGAGUCCAGCACUGAAUUCUCUGAAAUGACAAGAGGAAAGAGAAGCGUCAUCUCUACCAAAGCCACAUUCGUGACCUUGUCCCGGGCUCUGUGCAGCAACGGCAUCAUCGCUCUGUUUGGAAUCUCCAAAUUGCCUGAACUGUCUGAAUCUGGCCCCUCAUUCACCAACAACCAAAAGAGGGAGGAGAUGAUCGAGAGGUUCAAGAUCCCACGAGACUCCUCACCCUUCUGCAUGAACAUGUAUCUGGACAUGGUCAGUACCACAGGCGGAGCCAUCGCCUGGGCCUUCCUCAAACCAAUGCUGAUGGGCGAGAUCCUCUUCACACCUGACACACCUGCCACAAGGGCUGUAAUGGAGAAGGCCAAUGCCACCUUGCACGAGUUUGCAAAUCUGAAGAAAUCCUCGGAGGACUGGAUCGAAACCUCAAAUUACAUCAUAAAGUCAGCCGAAUUACUCAGCUCCACUUUGCCAAUGCUGCAGAAUUCCCUCAACAGCUCCUUUGUGAAGAAUUUCAUUGAGAUGCAGACAGACAUAAAUGUCGACAGCAUAAAGGAGACGCUCAGCAGCUUCUCUAACAUCACAGAGAUGCUGCAUAAGAACAAGAAGAUACUUGAUCAGAUCAGCAGUUUGUCAAAUCUCAUGGUGAAGGUCUCCUCCUGCAUCAAGUUUGACCGUUACCGUGGUUAUGACUCCGCUGAGGAGCUCAACGCCGUGGCCCAGGAGCUCGCCAGAAACCGUGAGCUCUAUGGAAGUGUCAUCUUUAAAACUGAAGACUCGUCAAGGAAACGUGAGGCCAGAUCCUCCUCCUCGACUGAACUGCCUCCCAAAGUCAGCUACACCAUCCGAAUGCACAUGGACAACGUCAUGCGUACGGACCGGGCACGGAACCCGUACUUUGUGAAGGACAACCACAUCUCGGCCAGGAACACGAUGCGCUACAACCGAGGGUUCGUCUACCUGCAGGAGAACAUCGACCGGGCCAUCAUCGAAACCCAGACCGGGCAGAAAGUCACAGAGCCGGCCGUGCAGCUGCAACCCUUCCCCUAUCCCUGCUUUCUGCGAGACGAGUAUCUGGAGGCCAUCUCUUUUGUCUUCCCUCUCUUGCUGAUGAUACCAUGGGUGUUGUUCGUGGCUGACUUCGUGAAAAAACUUGUUCAUGAGAGAGAGCUGAGGCUGCAUGAGUACAUGAAAAUGAUGGGUGUGAAUCAGCUCAGUCAUUUCUUUGCCUGGUUCCUGGAGUGCGCCGGCUUCCUGAUCCUGACCAUCAUCGUCCUCACGCUGGUGCUGAAGUUUGGAAACAUCCUACCCAAAAGCGACGGCUUCCUCGUCUUCCUCUACCUCUGCGACGUCGGGUUGAACAUCAUUUCCUUCUGCUACCUGAUCAGCUCCUUCUUCGACAAGACCUACAUCGCUGGUCUGAGCGGAAGCCUCAUCUACAUCCUCAGCUUCUUCCCGUUCAUCAUUGUCAUGGCCGUCGAGACUAACCUAACGCUUUCCCAGAAGAGCGCUCUGAGUUUGUUUUCACCGACCUGCUUCAGCUAUGCCAGUCAAUACAUUUCCCGCUACGAGGCCCAGGGAGAAGGAAUUCAGUGGAGCAACUCUUACACCUCGCCCAUAGCUGGAGACACAUCAACGUUUGGUUGGCUGUGCUGGUUCUUGCUCAUUGACUCCCUUCUGUACUUCCUCAUCGGGGCCUACAUCAGGACAGUUUUCCCAGGAAAAUAUGGAAUCCCAGCUCCAUGGUAUUUCCCAUUCAAGCUCUCCUACUGGACUGACAUGUGCAGCAGUUUUCAGACAAACAAAAGUGCAGGCAAAGGACUCCUCUUUUCCAACAUCAUGCAGAAAAACCAGCCUGUCUUUGCAGACGGCAAAGGCAAAGGCAAAAGCAGCCUGUCCUACGAAGCUGGCGAGGAUUUCUCUGAGCUCCCAGUGGGAGUUGCACUCCACGGUCUCACCAAGCUGUAUGGCGACAAAACAGCUAUUCAAAACCUUAAUGUCAACUUCCAUGAGGGUCAUGUCACCUCACUGCUCGGUCACAACGGAGCUGGCAAGACAACCACCAUGUCCCUCCUGACUGGUCUGUACCCCCCAACAUCUGGCUCCAUCGAGGUGUAUGGCAAGGACAUGCAGACAAACAUAGAAAAAGUCCGCCGAGAGCUUGGAGUCUGCAUGCAAUAUGACGUCCUCUUCGACCACAUGACUAUCAAGGAGCACCUGCUGCUGUACGGCCAGAUCAAGGCCCCACAGUGGUCACAAGGAGAACUGCGAGAGCAAAUCCGCACGAUCCUGGAGGAGACGGACUUGUACGUUCACAGACACAAGCGGGUUGACACCUUGUCAGGUGGCAUGAAGCGCAAGCUCUCGAUCUCCAUCGCCUUCAUUGGAGGCUCUCGCUUGGUGGUUCUGGAUGAGCCCACAACGGGAGUGGAUCCCUGCUCCAGGCGCAGCAUCUGGGACAUUGUUAUCCAGCAUAAGAAGAACCGGACCAUUAUUAUGUCCACCCACCACUUGGACGAGGCUGAAGUGUUGAGCGACCGGAUCGCCUUCUUGGAGAGAGGUGGAUUGAAAUGCUGCGGCUCACCCUUCUACUUGAAAGACAAGCUGGGUCAAGGCUACAAGCUCACCCUCACCAAAAAGAUCCAAAGCCCAGAAGCUGAGCGAAUCGACAGUGCUGACCUCAAGGCCUUCAUCCAAGCUCAUCUUCCUGAAGCACGGCUUAAAGAAGCCCAGAGGGGUGAUGUGGUCUACUCUCUGCCCCCCUUCACUUCAUCCAACGCCUCAUCAUAUCGCUCCCUCCUGACUGCGCUGGAUGCCAACUUGGACGAUCUUCAGCUUGGGGGCUACGGCGUGUCUGACACCACGCUGGAGGAGAUGUUCCUCCAGUUGACCAGUGGAAGCCCAGACGGCAAGGACGGACCUCUGUCUAUCUCUGAGACAAUUUCUGACACUGCAUCUAUCGACAGCUUCUCAUCAGACUCCUGUGAAAGCAGCUGCUUCGCUGGUGACAAGAUCAACCUUACCGGUUCAUCCACUCUAUCUGGCCUGGCCCUGGCCUGGCAGCAGCUGACAGCCAUUCUGAUCAAGAGGUUCCAUCACAGCCGGAGAGACUGGAAGAGCCUGCUCGCCCAGCUCCUGCUUCCUGUUCUCUUUGUGACAGUCGCUAUGGGCCUGGGCUCCGUCAAGAGCGACGUGCAGCACUAUCCUGAGCUGGAGCUCAGCCCUGCUCUCUACAACGUCGGGCCGAGCUACUCGUUCUUCAGCAACCAGAAUCCUCAAUCCAGCCAUCUGGUGGACACCAUGAUGUCAUUCCCUGGGAUCGAUAACGCCUGCCUCGACGACUCUGAUAACCAGAUCUGCACAAAGAGCACAAACAGCUGGCGCUCCAGUGGGAAUGUCUCCAAACCAUUUAGUGUGUGUAAAUGCACCAAACAGGAACAGAUUUGCGAAAAGGACAAYCGUCAGCCCCCCUUCAAAGAGAUCCCCUCGUCUCAGAUCGUCUACAAUCUGACUGGCGUCAAUGUGGAGAACUACCUGGUGGCUACAGCCAAUGACUUUAUCAGGAACAGGUAUGGCGGCUUUGCUUUUGGCAUGCCGCUCCCACCUGACUUGCGAAUGGACCUUAAGGCCGUUCCCAAAAACCGCACACUGUCAAAGGUCUGGUUCAAUCCAGAGGGCCACCACACGAUGCCGGCGUACUUAAACAGCCUCAACAACUUGAUCCUGCGUUCCAAUAUUCCAGCAGGCAAAGAUCCACAGAAAUACGCCAUUUCUGUCUCCAGCCACCCCUACUUUGGCCGGAUGGAUGAUGAAGACAUAGUUGUCGAGGGAAUGCUUCAUAUCAUGGUGGCCUUGUGUGUACUGACAGGAUUUUCAAUUGCRUCAGCCAGCUUUGCCAUCUACGAAGUCAGUGAGCACCACAGUGGCUCCAAGAGGCUCCAGCACAUUGCCGGCAUCAGCGAGCCCUUCUACUGGACUGUGAACUUCUUUUAUGACAUGGUCAUUUAUUUGAUCCCAGUGACACUGACCAUCUGUGUGAUUGCUGCCUUCCAAAUUCCUGCCUUUACGGAUCGACAAAAUUUGGGUGCCAUCAGCCUGCUUUUUGUGCUCUUUGGGUUUGCCACAUUCCCAUGGAUGUAUCUGCUAGCGGGUAUCUUCAAAGAUGUGGAAAAGGCCUUCAUCACCUAUGUGUGCAUCAACCUCUUCAUCAGCAUCAACACCAUCAUCACCACCUCCAUUUUGUACUUUUUAGGACAAAUAUCAMUGCACAGCAAGGAGAUCAUCCAGGAGAUCCUGAGGAAGCUGAGCAACGCAUUCCUCAUCUUCCCCCAGUUCAGCUUUGGGAACGGACUGAUGCUGCUGGCCAGGUCGAACAUCGAGGUCCAGAUUCUCAGCGGCUACGGCAUUGAUGCCUACAAGAGUCCAUUCUCCUCAGAAAGCUUGGGCUGGAUGUUCAUCUCUUCCCUCAUCCAAGGAUGUGUCUUCUUCACUCUGCGCCUCUUGCUGAACAGGACCCUCAUACGUAAAGUCAGGCAUCUAAUUCUGGGGAGAAAGACACUGCCUCAGUCUGAGCUUGAAGAGGAGGAUGAGGAUGUGGCAACGGAGAAUCUUCGGGUGGCCAGUGGAGCAGCCAGAUCAGACCUUCUGCAGAUCAACCAGCUCACCAAGGUCUACCAACAUUUCAGUAAGAAGGUUCCUGCUGUCAAGAAGCUGUCUGUGGGCAUCCCUGCUGGAGAGUGCUUUGGCCUCCUGGGAGUGAACGGGGCAGGAAAAACAACCACCUUCAAGAUGCUGACUGGAGACGUGAGCCCCACUGACGGCUCCGCACAGAUCAGGGACAGGAAUGGGCGCUUGGUGGACAUCAUGGACUGCCGUGGCCAGGGAAUUAACAUCGGCUACUGUCCCCAGGUGGAUGCACUCGACGAGCUGCUCACUGGAGAAGAACAUCUGUACUUCUAUGCUCGCAUUCGUGGCAUCUCAAAGAGAGAGAUAGCUGGGGUGGUGAACUACCUUCUGAAGAGGCUAGAGCUGAAUUACUACAAAGACAUCAUCACAGAUGGAUACAGCUGUGGAACCCGCAGAAAGCUCUCCACUGCUCUUGCKCUCAUCGGACAUCCACAAAUCCUGCUACUGGAUGAGCCAAGCUCUGGCAUGGAUCCACGCACCAAGCGUCAUCUAUGGAAGAUCAUCUCAGAGGAAGUGAGGGGCAAAUGUGCAGUGGUUCUAACCUCUCACAGCAUGGAGGAGUGUGAGGCUCUCUGCAGCCGUCUUGCCAUCAUGGUGAAAGGUCAGUUCCGAUGCCUGGGCUCCCUGCAGCACAUCAAGAACAGGUUUGGCAGCGGGUUYACUGUGAAGAUGUACUUGUCCAAGCCUUCGUGCGACGCAGAGGAAAUCACUGCUUUCAUGCAGCGCAAGUUCCCCACCACGUUUCUCAAGGACCAGCACUCUGCCAUGGUGGAAUACCACGUACCAAAUGCUCCUGGUGGGGUUGCUGACAUCUUCAGCCAGCUUGAGUCCAACAAGCAUGCUCUGCGGAUCAAACACUUCUCUGUGAGCCAGACCACACUGGAUGAGGUCUUCAUCAAUUUUGCCAUGGGAAAUAUUGGCAUGGAAACCAUCCCAAUUCACGGUGAAGACGACUUUGAAGACCUGGGUUCCAUUAAGGCUGUUGAGACAUAGAGCUGACUGGCUGGAAUGAAGGUUCAUUUACCCAAUAUAGACAUAUAAAUACCUGUAGUAUGUUCAAAGUAUGAUCAAAAGCAGGGUAAAUGAAAUUAUCUUUACCAAAUUAUUACUUGCACAGAUGAACAAAUGAAGAUAGAUCGAUCUUGUGUCUAUUUACUGUUUUCUUUCCUAAUUUGCUAGAUUUUAAUAUUUAUGAGAUUUAAUUGUUUUCUUUGUGGCUGGGCUACUGGAGCAAAUUUUCAAUAUUCCUCAAUUAUUAUCUUCAACUGACCAUAAUGCUGGUAUGCUUUGAUUGUGUCAAAUGAAUCUUACUCAUCAUCAAAUUUUCAAAUGUAAGUACAUAUUAUUGUAAGUACUAGUUACAAGUGAAAAGAAAAUACCUCUACUACAAACUCAAUGUGCAGAUUUGCUCUACUCCUUAACACGCCGCUCAUUAUUGGAGUGGCUGUAGUGAAUACUAAAUAGUCUCUCCUGCUCUUGGACCAUCUAACCUUAAUCUUGAAUGUAUUUACUUUUUGUAAUCAAAAUAAAACAAUUUUUCAAGUGCUGUUGCAAUACA